UUACAUCAUGCCAUGAACAGAGACAACUAUGGUAACGAAAUGAACUUUAGCAAGUUUAGCAACACAAAUGAACAUACCUAUUUCGAUAGCAAUACCAUUAUCAGUAUAAUUAUACAAUUAAAAUAAUCAUAUUCGAACGCAGUAUUUUUGCUACCUUGAAUGAUGCAGACCAGUAAGGUUUCGACAUUUCCAUGCACAAUGGCAUGUUCAUAAACAGUUUGUGAUAAAAUUGAUAUUAUUCUGGUAUUUUUCAUGUAUUUGUUCUGUUUGAAUAGUUUAUGAUAGGAAUUACAAUACAUUUGCGACGUUUCUCCUGAAGCUAUAAAAAUCACUAAACAGUAGAGAACGCUUCCAGUCAUUGACAUGAAGCUCAUUCCAGUAGUCGCUUGUUUCAUUGUCAUCCUUCUACCGGUUGAAUCGACGAAUGAUGUCGAAGAAAAAGAAGAAUCAUUUUCCAUCAAUCCUGUAUGUGAAGUAUGUGAACUAGCAGUCAAAGAAAUUUAUAAGGAAAUAGGGAAAGAUAAAUCUGAGCAAAAAAUCAAGGAUGCUGUUCAUCAUGCCUGUCCAGUACUACCAAAAAAAUUUGAAGCUAAAUGUAACGACUUUGUCAACAAACAUGGUGACGAAAUAAUCCAACUCAUUCUCAAAGUCUUAUCUCCAAAGGUGGUCUGCCAUCUUGUUCACGCAUGUCUUUAA